ACCAACUGAUCUGCAUGUAACUACAAUAAUGGCUGCAAGAUUUGCAUAUCUAUAUCAUUUGAUAUUUAUAAAUUAUAAUGCAUAAGGUCAGUGUAGCUAUCAGUCCUGACCUCUUCUCUGACCAGUAUGCCACUACCACAAUAUGCACAUUUCUCCUUCGUGAAAUUGAGGUUGGAUCUAGUCCUGGCCACUCUCUAGAUGUCCACAUGUCUCGGACAUGGCUGUAAUGUGAAGCAUGAUUUGUCUGUGAAAAGGAAUUUUGCUAACAUGUCAUUGACAUAUCUACAUGUCCAACACCUGGGUUAUUUUGUGUGUGUUAAAGCAACGUACAACAUUGGUCAUUUGACAUAAAGGCCAUCCAUAUAAAGCCUCUUUUUUUUUAUUAUUUCCAUGCUGAAUUGCUAUUUAGUUACUGGUUUGAACUGUUGAUUCAGUUAGUAAGCUGAGACCCACUGGUUGUGCCAAACCUGUUUUGUCAAAUAGCUGUUAUCUUGUACAAAUUGUUAACAGUAGUCUGCCCUGUCCAGGUCUCUGGUCAACUAUAUUGGUGGCCUGAAAGGUGAACAUGUCCUGUUAACCACAUUUUGAUAGACUUAUUUACAUUGCAAUGAUAUUGUGAUUGACCAGUUUCUAACUGAUCUGUAGUUUCCACAUUGUGGAAAUGUCUUCUUUGGAGUCUGGCAUGUUUCUAUCUCAAUCUGAAUCACUUUCUAUUGUUAAAAUGGCUAAAUAAGAUCACAUUGUUUCCUUCACUUGGAUAUGCUACUUAACAUGACUCGCCAGCUGACGGAAUAACUGAGGAGCCCCAGUAUAUCAUUAGUUUUGCCUUUUCGUGCCACAGGGAUUCGUGCGUGUUACACCAGCACACGUAGUCGCUUGAUGAUCGACAGAGAUACUAAAGUUAUAUGUCAAGGGAUCACAGGAAAACAGGGUACAUUUCAUUCUAAGCAAGCAAUAGAAUAUGGAACAAAGUUAGUGGGAGGAGUUUCUCCAGGAAAAGGGGGCUCAACUCAUCUUGGUGUACCUGUUUUCAAUACAGUAAAAGAGGCUGUUGAAAUCACUGGAGCCACAGCGUCUGUUAUCUAUGUCCCAGCAACACUUGCAGCUAAAGCCAUUCUCGAAGCUAUAGAAGCAGAAGUUCCUUUAGUGGUUUGUAUUACAGAAGGUAUGCCCCAGAAAGAUAUGGUCUUCGUCAAACAUCGGCUCUUGAGGCAAACAAAGACUCGUUUGAUUGGCCCUAAUUGUCCUGGUGUUAUCAAGCCUGGUGAGUGUAAGAUUGGUAUCAUGCCAGGCCACAUCCACAAGAAAGGAAAAAUAGGAAUUGUUUCUCGGUCAGGAACUCUCACAUACGAGGCUGUUCACCAGACAACCCAGGUUGGGCUGGGCCAGAGUUUGUGCGUGGGAAUUGGAGGAGAUCCCUUUAAUGGCACAAAUUUUAUAGACUGUCUUGAAGUUUUUCUUGGUGAUCCCGAAACUAAAGGUAUAAUCAUGAUUGGAGAAAUCGGUGGAGCAGCAGAAGAGAGAGCUGCAGAUUACUUAAAGUUAAACAAUUACGGUAACUUUGCCAAGCCGGUCGUGUCGUUUAUUGCUGGCUUAACAGCACCUCCUGGUAGAAGAAUGGGCCAUGCGGGUGCUAUCAUUGCUGGUGGUAAAGGUGGUGCUGAAGAAAAGAUUGAAGUUCUGAAGGAGGCCAACGUGACUGUUACCAAAUCUCCUGCACAAAUGGGAGCAACAGUCUUAUUGGAGAUGCAGAAGAAAGGACUUGCUUGAACUCACAGAAGUUCUAGUUUGAAAGAUUUCCUGAGAUCCAUAUUUUUGAACAUACUGUGCCAUAGAAUAGAUUUUUAUCUAUGAUUAUCUGGCUUGGAAGAAAGUUUAAGAUAUAUUUUUACGGGUUAAAAAUUGUCGAGUUACUAAGUGAUGAUGAUAUGGAUAAAUAUUCCUUUCCUGUAAUUUUAUUUAAGUAAUUGAUAAUAAUUAAAUAAAGUAUGACAAAAUCUUAUUCUCCA